UCACCAGGGUGCUCGUUACCUUAGAGACUGAACAGGCCCUGGCUGCCAAGGACGGGGAACUAAAACAGCCAAGAUGCCGUGGAAGGGCAAGGACAAAAGGAAAGGCAAGGGCAAAGAAAAGAAGAAAACAGGAAAAACAGAUGAUUCUGUCUCUGUGGUGGAUCAAGCCAAGGCCAAUGCCGCCCUUUGGGAGGGCAUGGAAGUCACAGAACUGUCUAGGAUUGAAUAUCGUGAUACUUCCUGGAGACUGGCCAAAAGUAAUGAAGACUUUAAGAAACAGCAGUAUAAAAUGGAGAAAGACACGAUGUCGGUAUUAAACUAUCUGAAGAAGCAGAAGCAGGAGAAAGAUAAUAUGAUUGAAAAACUGAAACAGCAGUUGGUUGAAACAAAGGAAAAAGCCCAAGUGGAGAAGGAAAAACUGGAACAAAAGUAUGCUCUGCAAAUAAGUGAGCUGGAGGGACAGUUCCAUCAAAAAGCCAAAGAAAUUGGCAUGAUUCAGACAGAGCUGAAAACAAUAAAACAAUUCCAGAAGAGAAAAAUCCAAGUGGAGAAAGAAUUAGAUGAUCUGAAAGAAAAUUUAAGGGUGACAGAGAAGAAACAUCUAGAGACUCUUAGAAGAAUGGAAGGCAGAUUUUUUGAAGAAAAGCACCGACUAGAACAAGAGGCCGAAAAGAAGAUAAUAAUCCUAGCAGAAAGAGCCCACCAUGAAGCCAUGGUGCAAUUGAAUGCUGCUGGAAGAAAUGUUUUUAAAGAGAAUGUUCAUCUCCAGAAAGCUCUUGCAUAUCACCUGAAGGAAGCUGAUGCUCUACAAAAAACCUUCCAGAAUUUGAAAGAGAGUCAUACCAAUCUGUUACAGCAAAAGGAGAUCAGUGAACUACUAAUUAAGGAGAAGAUUUUGCAACUUACCCAGCAGAGAGCACAAAUCCACAUUCUUCAGAAGAAGGUGGUAAACUUGGAGAAUGCUCUGAGUUUUAUAACCAGAGAGUUUGAGGCUGAAGUUUUGAAAAUGAAGCAAUAGGCAGUGAUAGAGAACCAAGCAGGUCAGGUAGAAAUUGACAAGCUGCAGCAGCUUCUUCAGAUGAAGGACAGGGAAAUGAACCGAGUAAAGAAGCUGGCCAAGAACAUACUGGAUGAGAGAACAGAAGUGGAAUGCUUCUUUUUAGAUGCUGUACAUGAAGUGAAGCAACAGAUCUUGACGAGCAGGAAGCAUUAUAAGCAGAUAGCACAAGCUGCUUUCAGUUUAAAAAUGAGAAUGGCAUGUGCAGGAAAAACAGAAUAUCCUCAGAUCAGGACAUUUGAUGCCAGAGAACACAGCACCAACAGUGUGAAUCAGGAUCUUAUGGAGGCUGAAAAAUGGACAAGUACUCAAUGAAAUGUGGAUAUUGGAGAUUUGACUUGGGAGCAGAAGGAGAAAGUCUUGAGAUUGCUCUUUGCAAAAAUGAAUGGUUUUUUUCCUAGGAAAUAUGGCCAGUGUUCUAGGCCUCCAGGUGCAGACUACGUUGUUUCUGAAAGUGAAGAAAAGAAGGAAUUUGGGAAUGAAAGUAAGCUUCAGGAUCAGACGGAUGACACUGAGCUUCAAGAUCAGACAAAUGAAAUUGAGCUUCAAGAUCAAACAGAUGAAAGUAAGCUUCAAGAUCAAACAUUCAUCACUCAGCAAGUUCCAGUCUCAGACUCUGAAAUGGCACUUUCCAGUAUUCUGAAAGGAUCACAGGAGCCCAACAUGGGAACUUUCUGAGAGAUACAAUGGAACAACAUAUGAGCCCACAGAAGCUGCUGACAAGCCCUUCUUUGCAGAAUCCUUGCUCCUGAAUAUGUUCAAGAAAUUUUCUUAAAGAGAAAAAUAUUUAACUCAAAUUACCUGUUUGCCAUAGAAAUUGGUGUCUCCUCUAAAGGAAGCUCGAGAGCCAGUAAAUGAGAACAUUGGCAAAGGCACUGGGAUGGGGACGUUGACUCCCACCUAAAGCAGAACAAAUCCAUAUCAAAUCCCAAGCAAAGGACUCAAACUAUGGAUUCUCCAUUUAGAAGCACAAAGACAACAGAAAGACUAAUCUUUUUUUUUUUUUAAGAACUUUAUGUUUUGGGUGGUUUUUUUUUGGUACCAGGGAUCAAACCUUCCACUUGUGAGGCAGACAGCAGAACCACUGAGCUAAAUCCCUGGCCCGUUUUGUUUUCUUUUUUUGAGAGACCCAUCUAAAGUAGAUACCUUCCAUCCCACAAACUUUUACUCCUGAGGAAGAAAUAGACCAUGGGGGAAAAUUAAAGGGGCAAUCUUUAAACAAGCUGCAGUGACCGAUCACUGCUUACUGUCUCUCAGAAAUACUAAAGAGCUAGAAGAAUUUUCAAAACUUCUGUUCACAGACCUGUCCGACAUCCACCAGGUGGGAAUAUUUCCGAGCAGUGGCUCCAUUGGUGGUGAAGAUGGCGGUUCCAUUUCCAUAAGGGUUGUUGUUUAUAAUCUUAAUGGCUUCAUCCAAUGUUUCUGUCUCCAAGACCACAAGAACUGGACCAAAAAUCUCCUCUUUGUAACAGGUCAUAUUUGGCUGCCGGGAGUGAUGUGUCCAGAAAGAAGUCAGCUUUUUGGAUUUUGAGUAUUUUAUACUUAAUUGGUACUUUUACUACCCAGCUGUCUACAUGGACAGCUUUCAUGUUUGCAAUCUACUUUCAUUUUAAAUCACUAUUUAAAAUAGUCCUCUCAGUCUGUUCCAUAUUCUGAGCUACCAACAUGUAAUAAUUUGAAAUUCCUUUUAAUUAUAACCACACUCUCAGUUUUAGUUCCCACGAAACAUCACUGGCCUCCCAUACCUGGACAACCACUUCCAUACAAUUCUUACCAAAAAGUUCAUUUUUUAUAAAUCAAACAUAAAUACACCAGGAGAAUUUCUUUGUUUAUAGAAGCCCUGUGCUGAAGUUCUCAUUCAUUUCUUUGCUUCCCAAGUAAGUCUGAACAUUUUUACUUUGGUAUUUGGUCACACUUAAACAGUCAAAACAUCCUUCGGUACUCCUUCUAGUCAGCUGUGUUGCUGAUCAGUAGAUUUUUUCCUUUAUGAUUCUAUGGCAAGAGUUCAAUCCCGAUUAUUCAUGAUUAUAGUUGGAUAUGUGAAUUUCAAAAAAAAGCCUCCUAGUCUCAAUUUAGUGGUGAAUAUUAGCUGAGAGACUUUCAGAGUUUUGAUAAAUAAAAAUUGACCAAUGAA